UUAUUGCCACUUUGUUCUUUGCCCUCGCUUGGACUUCUCCAAUUCCAGGUCCUCCUGUUGGCACUGAUCCACUUACUCCUGGAGAUCCAAUUCAAGUGACAGCACCAAGCGUGGGAACUUAUCAGUAUGGAUCAUGGCAAG